CCAAGCUAUCACUCAGCUCCCGCCGUCGCCCUGCCGCCAUCAAUUCCACCGGCGCACUCCUAUCCUUCGUCACGUCGGUAUCCCAAGACGCUGAAAGCCCUGCACAGCCGUCGUGAUCAGACAAGAUGGGCAAAAAGAAGCGCUCACACCCCAACAUCGAGGAGCUCCUUGAGCGCCCGUGGUGUUACUACUGCGAGCGUGAUUUCGAGGACCUGAAGCUCUUGAUCUCUCAUCAGAAGGCAAAGCAUUUCAAAUGCGACCGUUGCGGUCGUCGGCUCAAUACUGCAGGAGGUCUCUCCGUCCACAUGAACCAAGUCCACAAGGAGACACUAUCACACGUCGAAAAUGCCCUCCCCAACCGUCAGGCUCUGGACGUCGAGAUCUUCGGCAUGGAAGGUGUUCCCGAGGAGGUCAGGGAACAGCACAAACAAAGAAUCCACCAAAACUACUGGGCCGCCCAGGACGAGCGUUUCAAGGCGACAGGAAACCCACCCCCAGGACAAGAGCGACCCUCCAAGAAGAUCAGGAUAGAAGCCCCGGAGGAGCUGAAGAAGAGGUUCGCGGAAUUCCGGGCCAAGAAAGCGGCGGGAAUACCAACAGGCACAAACGGCAGUGCGAAUGCCGCGCCAGCCAAUGUACAGAGUCCCGCACAGAAUGGCAGCCCUGGAGCUUUCAACUCCCCCUUUGCUCCUCCACAACCUUACGCCCAACCUGGUUUCCCGAACUACCCGCCCGCCGGCCCUCCCCCUGCUGCCGGUUUCCAACAAUACCCUCCUUCUUCUCUUCCCGCACGCCCACCCAGUCUGCCUACUGCACCGAACCUCCCUCAACGGCCAGGCUAUGCGGCUGGGAAUUACUAUCCCGGCCAGCCCGGCGCCCCAGGCUUCCCCACCGCCGGUGGCGCAUCAGCAGUGGACGAGCUUGUGGCCAAUGCUAGACAAGGUGACGAUAUCGACCAGCUUAUCCGAAUGGCUGAGGCCGGCAUCAAGCCAGCCAGGACGCCGACGGACGGCGCGCCGACUGCGCCGCCUCCGGCCGAUGGUGGAGAGAAGAAGUCGAAGAAGGACAAGGGGCGGAUGGUCUAUUCCGAUACCGAGUUCAGCCCGGAGGAGAGGAUGGCAAUGCUGCCCAAAUACGCUUGGACGCCCACUGUACCCGCUUAGCCUGCAUCUACGCAGUUCACUGGGGCUUUUUGAGGCAUUGCAAAGACCUGCAGACUUGUUGGCUUCUUCUGGAAUCGGUGGUACGGGCUACCGAUGUCAAGGGAGUUUUGGUGGAAUCAUCACACCUGUUUAAGCAUUAGGAAUCCAAUGACAGGUUAUGUGAGAACAUAGUAUGGCGAAUCCUCAGCUUUUUUUUUUGUGAUCAACCCCUGUGGUACUGCCGGGUUGUCCUAUUUAAAACAAUAUGCUUCCAGAUUAAUCGGGUGGUUCGUUUCUAAUCCCCAUACAUAAAAAACAUAUGCGGCGCCUUCGUACAGUGGUAAACACUCAAAACCUAGCAUUUAAAAAAUACAGUGC